UGGCAAGAGUAUUAAAGAAUCUGAAAUAGAUUCACCAGUUUCCUUAGUAAGUAACAUAGACUCCCAAGAUGCUAUUCUUCAAGAAAUUCGAAAUCUUCGUAGAGAAAUGAAUGAAAAAUUUGAAUACCAACAAUUAAGCCUAAACGAUUUCAAUACGAAAUUAAGUGAGAUUCGCGGUGAAGUGCGAGAUUUAAACUCCAAAUUUUCUAUAAUGCGAAAGGAGUUAGAUCAAGUAACUAAUACAGUGCAGUUUUUAUCUGAUAAUUUUGACGAACAACAACUCAUUAACGAUCGUUACAAAACAGAUAUCUCUCAAUUAAAAACAGAAAGCACAUCUCUACGUGCGCAACUUAGCAAAGUCGCCAGCCUUAUGGAACAGCUUGAGCAACGUGCUCGAGACUGUAAUAUUGAAAUACAGUGUGUUCCGGAGCAUAAGUCUGAAAACCUGUUUACUAUUGUGAAACAACUCACUAGAGUCGUUUCGUGUGACAUAGAUGAUAGUGAUAUUAAAGAAUUCCAUCGCGUUGCUAAGGUUGAGUCUGACUCGAAGCGCUCUCGCAAUAUCAUAGUCAAAUUAACCAGCCCGCGCGUCCGUGAUACUAUACUUGCAGCGGUAAAAACUUUCAACAAAAAGAAUGAAAACAACAAACUCAAUUCGACUCAUUUAGGCAUCGCGGGUGAUAAGCAAUCAAUAUACGUCAGUGAACAUUUGUCCCCAACGAACAAGAAACUUCAUGCAGCCACGAGACUCGUCGCAAAAGAGAAGAAAUACGAGUUUGUCUGGAUCCGAAAUAGCCGCAUUUAUAUUCGUAAAAAUAAGCAUUCACCUGCAAUUUUAAUAAGAAAUAACGAUUUUUUAAAUAGUCUAAAGUAAUUUUUUGGUUAUAUUA